UUCUGCGUUCUUGUGUUCAACGAAACCGAGCGAGCACGCAGACGGCUCGCUGCGUGGUCAUCCGCGUAAACUUCGACGGACACCACAGGGCUGUUAGGUUAUGUCGCGUCGAGGUCACCUAAAUCGGAUUAAUUUUACGCAAUACAGAGGAUGCAACGUAAUUGUUUGGCCACGGGGGCCUCGGGACUGCGUCUCGGAGUGUCGUCGGUCACACGAUGUGCACCGCGGACGCGUGGAGAAUCGCGAAAUUCCUUCGAUUCGGAAUUUUACCUCGAAUUAUGGCGAUCAGACGACAGCGGACGGACGGGUUAAGCACGGCGCUACGAACGAAUUUGUCCGCCGCCUUUACAGGUCCAAGUGACACGCGUGCGAUUGGCAACUCAACUGUCCGGCAGUCAACCAUGGAAUUGGAAAGUUGCAACUCACAUGGCGAUCAUGAAAACGGACCCAAUACUCCUCUACACGAAAAUGAUCCCAGCGGAACAAGAAAAUAUUAUCGACAAGCUAGUCAAAGAAUUUUUGUCAACCGUAGUCUCCAUUUAGAAAACAUCAAGUUCUAUGGCUUCGAUAUGGAUUACACGUUGGCAGAGUACAAAUCGCCACAGUACGAACAAUUGGGUUUUACAUUAUUGAAGGAUCGUCUUGUGUCGUUGGGAUAUCCGCAAGAGAUCAAGGCGUUCGAAUACGACCCUAGUUUCCCAGUGCGAGGAUUAUGGUUCGACACGCUUUAUGGGAAUCUCCUCAAAGUGGACGCCUAUGGAAACAUCUUGGUCUGCGUCCACGGUUUCGAAUUUUUGAAACAUUCACAAGUAUACGAGCUUUAUCCGAACAAAUUUUUACAAUUGGACGAGUCCAGGGUAUACGUGCUCAACACACUGUUCAAUCUUCCCGAAACGUAUCUACUAGCGUGCCUAAUCGACUUUUUUACCAAUUCGCCGCAAUACACGCGAGAGAAGACAGGAGUGAAAGAGGGGGAAUUGACAAUGAGUUUCAAGAGCAUAUUCCAGGAUGUUCGAAACGCGGUCGACUGGAUACAUCUUCACGGUGACCUUAAGUCGAAAACCAUCGAAAACUUGGACGAGUAUGUGAAAAAGGACGAAAGGUUACCAAUGUUCCUUAACAGGAUCAGAGAAAGCGGGGCGAGAAUAUUUCUGUUAACGAAUAGCGAUUACGUUUUUACCGAUAAGAUUAUGACUUAUCUGUUUGACUUUCCUCAUGGAGCGAAAUCCGAUGAACCGCAUCGGAAUUGGAAAACCUAUUUCGAUACUAUCGUGGUUGAUGCUAGGAAACCGUUGUUCUUUGGUGAAGGUACGAUUUUGCGACAAGUAGAUACGAAAACUGGUGCAUUGAAGCUUGGAACCCACAAAGGCCCGCUUCAUACGGGAGAAGUCUAUUCGGGAGGUUCGUGUGACGUUUUCACCGAACUGAUAGGAGCUAAAGGCAAAGAUGUAUUAUACGUCGGUGAUCAUAUUUUUGGUGAUAUUUUGAAGAGUAAAAAGAUCAGAGGGUGGAGAACAUUUUUAAUAGUGCCUGAAUUAGUUCAAGAGCUUCACGUCUGGACAGACAAGUGUCAAUUGUUUGCCGAAUUACAGAAUCUAGACGUUAUGUUAGGGGAAAUGUAUAAAAAUUUAGAUAGCAGCACAAAAGAAAAACCCGACAUUUCUAAGCUCCGAGCUUCUAUAAGAGAUGUUACGCACAAAAUGGAUUUGUCUUACGGCAUGAUGGGUUCUCUGUUUCGAAGCGGAAGUAGACAAACCUUCUUUAGUAGUCAAGUAGUUAGGUAUGCUGACCUUUAUGCAGCAACUUUCUUGAACCUGAUUUAUUACCCGUUUUCGUACAUGUUCAGAGCACCCGCUAUGUUGAUGCCCCAUGAAAGCACCGUAGCCCACGAGCAGAGAUUCGUAAUGGAAACACCAAUGAUCAGUCGGUCCCGAACUUUUAAACUCAACGAUGAAGAAGAAGAACCAACCAGACCAUCCAAGACGUUGUACGUGGAGUGUUCGAACAAUCAAAUUCCACACGCAAGGCCUGAAACUCCGCGCAAUGUAACGCAUACACACGACGAAGACUGUAGCGACGAAGACAGCGAUUCCCAGAAGCAGGCGAACCAUGAUUUUAUACGACCCUGCUACGUAAACGGAGUACUCUAAGAUCUUGAUCGGAUUUAUUGAAUGAUACGCUAUACUUCAUUCCCGCAUCUAUUCAACUAUUGUAUAACUUUAU